AUCCCUUGGAGCCAAGGAUUGGAACUGACAUGCGAGACCUUUACCAACUUAUAGGUUCAUGAGCAUACUCCUUUGCCAAGAUCUUGGUGAAGAGUCUUUCACUGUGCAAUUGUGUCUUACAAAUUGUUUUAUCAUGAUUGUGCUUGGCUGGAUGCUUUUUGUUGGCCUUGCAUGUUACAUGGGAACGUUUCCAGAGUUCAUGCCUCCGACUCUGAGGUGGAAAGAUAGGUGGCCUGUUCAGGAGAGCAAGGCCCAAUGGAGCAGCCAGGCUUUGGAUGAAGAUCUUCAACUGAACAAUGUGGAAGGGAUAUAAGUAUCCCCCAGGAGGGACCCCACUGGAAACAAGCACAGAUGAUCCUGGUGAAGCAAUGCAACUCUGAAGCCCACCUGACCGGCUGUACAGUUCCUGUUGUUGGUUUCAUAUAAAGUAAUUGCACAUUAUUUUUGUCA